AUGGCACCGAUAAUGCUGAAAACGGUCGAUGAGGACCUCAAAGAUGUCAUCCAGCACCUCUUUGAGAUCCAAUCCGCCGUCCACGGCUAUCUAGGCCCAGAAACGCAACAGGAGCUUGUCCGCAAGAUCAAAAACCUCACUGUCGCUCUCAAAACACUAUCCUCCCAUACCGAUAUCCCUCAAGACCACAGCACCACCGACCCCGGUCCCGCAAGCGACCCAGCUAAUCCGCCCCUCGCGAGCAUCCAGCUUCCACCCGAGAUCAUCGAUUACGUCGACGCGGCGCGGAACCCAGAUAUCUAUACGCGCGAGUUCGUGGAGCUGGUGCAGCGAGGCAACCAGGACCUCAAGGGCAAGCGUGAGGCAUUCGCCGGGUUCCGCGACGUGCUGGCACGCGAGAUGCGCAGUGCCAUGCCGGAGUGUCGGGCAGAGGUGGACCGCGUUGUGGCGGCGACGGGUGGUGACGGAGCGGACGGUGAGCGGAGAGCGGAUGGUUCCGUGCCAGAACGGUGA